GGCAUCUGGCAACACUGUUCCGAUCACAGCAUCAAUUGAAAUCAACGUUUGUUUUUAGUCAAAUUUUUCAUUUUGUGCGCGUCCCUUUUAGUCAAAUUGAAUCAAUUAUGGAGCCAAUGAAUCUGGGCAGCCCCGUGAACAGCCCCAGCUCGAACCAGAGCCAAUACUUACCGCCAUUCCUAAUGGGCGAUCCGCAGGCCCUCACUCCCCACAAGAACACGCUCUCCCCAAAGCCCGGCGGGCGCUACAAUGUGAGCUUCGCCACAUCUCCUGGUGGGAGCAGCCCCCACGAGUUUAACCGAUCGGCGUUAAACAGCCGCACACUUUUCGGGGCAACAGGAGCCGGCGGCUCUGGCGCUGCCGUCAAUGCUAACACCUCGCUCUCGGCAACUCCUAGUCACACUCAUCAGGUGGGACCACCGACACAGGGCCUGUUCGAUUCCCUGCGUGAGCCCGUCUCCACGCCGCAACGGAACCAUUUGAGCAUGCUGCAGAUGCAGUCACCGAACCAAAGCUACCAGAGUAGCUAUCACACCAAUGACUCGUUUGCACCAGGGGCACCCAAUGCCAUCAAUGCCUCCAUGCGGGCUCUGUGCUCGCCACUGGGAGCCACUGCCUCACCUUUGGUUGCCUCGCCUUUGGUCGGCGGUUCAACUGAUAACAAUCGCCUGGCCGACUUUUGGGUUACCAUCUUUGGCUUCUCGCCUGGGGCCAUCACCAUGGUGCUGCAGCACUUUACCCUCUGCGGCAUCAUUGUGGAUGUGGUGCGUGCUCCGCAGAAUGGCAACUGGAUGCAUGUACGCUACUCCUCGCGCAUUGAAAGCGACAAAGCUUUGAAUUAUAACCACAAGGUGAUUGCCGGCAAUGUAAUGGUGGGCGUAACACGAUGCACUGAUCGCUCGGUGAUUGACAAGGAGAACAGCAAUUCUAUGCUUAACCAGGACAUGUCCAAUCCAACGCCUGGCUCACCAACCAUUCGUCCGUUGGCCCAGCAAUCGUAUAAGCUGGCCCAGAACAACAGCGCCGUGUCGCCUGGCAAUGAUGUGCCGCAGAAGAGUUCCGGAUUGGUGAACAAGGCCAUGGAUCUACUCUUUGGCUGGUGAGAAGGUGGAGACGGAGGAGGAGUGUGUGUUCCGGCUACUUAUUUAAUAAUUCUCAGCGUACAUCCUAUCCAGCAUUACAUACAUUACAUUAAAAAGAGAUAGCAAUAGCAA